AUGGCCGGACCUUCCUCACAGCAGCAGCCUUUCAAACCGCGAGGUCCAGGAGCUCCUCGAUAUGAAGCUCAAGAGAGGUCAUCAGAAGAUGGCAGCGCUUCUUACCACUCCGACUCCUCUUUUGAUCCGGAAGACGAUCACGACUUGGGAGAUUGGAUAUCGGAUGAAGAGGAGCAGCAAGCAAGCGGGGCAGCGCUAAAGAUUCAGGGCAACGAGUCGCUGGGGUACGCAUCUACUUCGCAAAGCUACUCUAGCCGCAAGGUCAGGUACCUCGCUCUGUUUCCGAAUGCACACGGGCAACUCGACUGCUUCAAGACGGCUCAAGAAGCGCUGGACGACGCGAGCGGUAGGGGAUGUGAUGUGGUGGAGGUUGUGGCCAGGCUUCAGCUGGACCCGCUGCAAAUCAUCAGGCUGCUCAAUCAUUUGAGACGAGCAGUGUUGGAGCCAAAUCUCGGCCAGGCUGGAGCGUUAUCUCCUCGGUCAGUCGCUGAAUUGACUGGUAAGGAAGCCUGGCUAGACGACGACGCCGAGCUCAUGCCAGUCAAAGGGGCGGAGUCCGAUGGCUUGCUGCGUGAGUCGCAUUCUGGUCACUUUUGCGAUUCUUCGUGCAGGUUUGUGCUGACUUUGGGAGCUCACAUGGCCCUUUGUUCGUCGACAGAAACCGAUUUCGAUGAAUUGAUGGAGCAGAGAGAUGGGCCGCAAGACGCUGCCCAUCCCACCCGUGCUCUGCAGGCUCGCAUACAAGAGCUGGAAACUCUUUUGCAGUCAUCACAGCUCUCCUUCGAAGAUUUGCGACAACGUUACAUGUCUGUACUUUCGCUCGACACCCCUGCCGGUCAUCUUUCAGACAAAGGCAAGAGUAGAUCUGAUCAAGCGACCCGCACCUCCGAUGCGUCGAGAGAGGUUCUGAAGCGCGACGACGAUUCUCACUAUUUCACCAGCUACGCUGGACAUGACAUCCAUCAAACGAUGAUUUCGGACGUAGUCAGGACUCUGAGCUACGCCAAAUUCUUGCUGCAUCCUCGCAACGCUUCGUUGAUACGCGGCAAGACUGUCAUGGAUGUUGGCUGCGGUAGUGGAAUUCUCAGCCUCUUGGCUGCACGAGCAGGGGCGAAAGAGGUCAUCGCUAUUGAUGCGAGCGACGUCGCGGAGAGGGCAGAGGCCAACGUGAGGCAAAAUGGGUUCGCUACCACGAUUCGGGUUGUCAAGGGCAAAGUGGAGGAAUUGAAAGAUGAGCUCAAAGCAUACGAAGGCUCAGUCGAUCUUCUCGUCAGCGAGUGGAUGGGCUACUUUCUGCUCUACGAAUCAAUGCUGCCCUCGGUACUCUAUGCGCGAGACAUGUACCUUCGAUCUGGCGGCGUUCUGGCACCAUCGCACUCGAGAAUGACGCUUGCAGCGCUUUCCGACAAGAAGCUUAUUACAUCUCGCAUGGACUUUUGGAACGACGUGCACGGGUUUGAGAUGCAUAGCAUGAGGCAUGGCUUGGAGGAUGAGGCGUGGACGGAGCAUGUCUCCAGCGAAAGCAUCGUCAGCAGUGUGGCUACCAUACAGGUGAGUGAUGAUGGACACUCUGAGGUGGGGCGCUUGCGUUAACGCAUCUCUCGAUUCUGUCAUACCAGGACUUGCCUUUGGAACACAUACCCUCCAAACAACCCACCUUUGUCGCGCCUUUCUCACUGAUCAUGAGCUCAUCGACAACCGUGCAUGGUUUCAUCUCAUGGUUCGACACUUGGUUCUCGCCGAAUCACUUGCCUCUUCCAUCCAAGGGCCGUCAAGAAAUGCCCGGUGGCGAGAAAUUGGCAGGAUUACCCCCCUGCGAGACGAGGACGCCCGAGCUUGCAGAUGUCAGAGGUAUGAACCUGCGAGGUGGUGCGAUCGUUGAUGCUGCCUCUGAUGAAGAUGGCGGCGAAGUGGUCAGCUUCACGACUGGUCCUGCGGGCAGGGAGACGCACUGGAAGCAGACUCUUUUCAUUCUCAAGGAGCCUAUCCAGGCUUCCAAAGGUGCGUCAAUCGUCAUGCUCGCCCAAUGGAAGCAGGCGUAAGAGUGUACACUCACCCCACAUGUCUUGCGCAACGAUAGGAGACGUCAUCGAGGGAACCAUCCACGUAUCAACAUCCGCGGGAAACUCUAGAGAGCUCGAUGUGGAGCUCCACUACAUCACAUCGCCUCCUACGGGAGCCAAAGCCGUGCGCACUGAGACGGUGCAGCUAUUUGCUGUGCGAUGA